AUCAGGACAUACCUAUCCAUUAGUUUAUUAACCAUACUCGCUAAACUUGUAAGUGCGCCCAUCAAUUUUCACAGAAUCACAUAUGCUCAAAAGUGUACAUGACCAAAUACCUACCUAUAACUCACAAACGGUUCCCAACAUAAAUCCUACUAUAGCUAUAAAAAAAACGACGGAAUACAAUUUAUUAGUCAAUCCUUUUCAAAAUUUUCUUUUAACGAAAGACCUCACUAGAAGUUGUUGAAUUCUGACAAAGAAGUUUUGUUCUUCGGUCAUUUUGUAAGAUAUAAUGUUCUGCCCACCACCAUAUUAAUCCCUUUCUGACACUCGGGUGCUCUCUCUGCAUCUGCAACGGAAGCAAUCAACCGAUCAAAAUCCUACCGUCUAAAAUCAAAAUGGACGGCGCCGCCGCCGCCGCUGACGAGAAGAAGAAGCACGCCUACUCCCUGUGGGGCGUCCCGCCGAAAGACGUCAGGAUCCGGCUCAAGAAGCUCACAGACGGCCUCCGAUCCGAAUUCGGCGGCCCGGAAUUCCAGCCCCACGUCACCGUCGUCGGAGCCGUACGCUUGACGGAGCAGGACGCAAUCAGCAGGUUCAACUCUGCUUGCGAGGGGCUCAAGCCGUACGCCGCCGCCGUCGAUCGCGUCGCCCUGCGUGUGCUCCUCCUCCGUCCCACCGCCGAGGUCGUGGAAGCUGGCUCACACUGCGGUGGACAUUUUGGGUACAAGAGAUCCACUCCUUAUAUGCCGCAUCUCAGCCUUUUGUACGGAGAUCUGAGCGACGAAGAGAAGGAGAAGGUUGAAGAGAAAGCCAUGGAACUAGAUGACAGCAUCAGCAGCCUGAGCUUCGAGAUCAGCAGCCUGGAGCUGUGGAAGACGGACACUGAAGACAAGUACUCUCUCAAAUCUUGGGAGAAGACCUCAGAGUUCAACCUUUCUUCCAACUAGACUAUAUAUAGCAAACUCUUGUGAAUUACGAUCACCUUGAAUUGCUUCAAGGUUUGAGCCUAGAGUGAGUUCCAGUAUUUCAGCGGUGGUUUACCCUGUAUUGCUAUGUUACUGUGUGUUUGUAAUAGACGAAAGAUGAAAUCUGUUGAUCCCUAAUUUGGAAGUGUACAUAUG